GUGGAAAUUAUAAAUUCCUCAUAGAGGUAGCAAGUUGUGCAGCUAAGCUAGUGUUUGUUUCAUCUUAGCACAGCCAGCUGCCCAGCUGCCCAGCUUCUCUUCCCUCAUAGUCGAAGACGUCGUAGCCAUGUCAUCCCUUCUGAAGCUGGUGGUGUUUCUUGGCCUCACCUUUGCAACCUCGUUCGCAAGAAGUAACGAUCCCAUGUUCGCCUACAACGGUUUCUCCAACACCAACCUCGAGCUCGACGGCACGGCCUCCAUCACGGAGAACGGCCUGCUCGAGCUGACCAACGGCAAGGUCAUGAGCAAAGGCCACGCUUUCUUCCCGGAUCCACUGCGCUUCCGCAGAUCCCCCAACAGCACGGUUCAGUCCUUCUCCGCCUCGUUCGUGUUCGGGAUCAUCUCGGUGUACAACAACCUUAGCAGCCACGGGCUGGCCAUGUUCGUCGCCCCAGGCAAGGACUUCUCCGCCGCGACGCCGGUGGGCUACCUGGGCCUCUUCAACGCGCAGAACGACGGCAACGGCACCAACCGCGUCUUCGCUCUCGAGCUCGACACCUACCAGAACAGCGAGUUCCAGGACAUCGACAACAACCAUGUCGGCAUCAACGUCAACGGCCUCCACUCCGUCGAGUCCCACGCCGCCGGCUUCUACCGUGAUCGAAACGGCACGUCUGAGUCGUUCGAGGACCUGACGCUCUGCAGCCAGCAAGCGAUGCAGGUGUGGGUGGACUACGACAGCGAGAGCGCACGGAUCAGCUCCACCGUAGCUCCUCUCAACACGGCGAGACCGAAGCGGCCGACGGUAUCGGCGUCCUACAACCUGUCGGCCGUGCUCGCAGAUGUGGCGUACGUCGGCUUCUCGUCUUCGACAGGAAAGAUAAACUCGAGACACUACGUCCUUGGCUGGAGCUUCGCCAUGAACGGCCCUGCCCCUGCCAUCGACACCUCCAGUCUGCCGAAGCUGCCUCUUGCACGUUCCAAGCCUCACCGUCCGGUCCUGGAGGUCGUUCUGCCAGUUGCAACGGCCGCGCUGCUCGUCGCCGCUGGUGCCGUCGUUUUCCUCUCGGUCAGGAGGCACAUCAGGUACGCCGAGCUGAGGGAGGACUGGGAGGUCGAGUUCGGCCCGCACAGGUUCUCGUACAAGGACUUGUUCCGCGCAACGGAAGGGUUUGGGGACAAGAACCUGCUAGGAACCGGAGGAUUCGGAAGGGUGUACAGGGGAGUGUUGCCGAGGUCUAAGCUGAAGGUGGCUGUGAAGAAAGUGUCGCAUGACUCGAAACAAGGCAUGAAGGAGUUCAUCGCGGAGGUCGUGAGCAUCGGCCGCCUCCAGCACCGCAACCUGGUGAAGCUACUCGGGUACUGUCGGCGUAAAGGCGAGCUCCUUCUGGUGUACGACUACGUGCCCAACGGAAGCCUCGACAGGUACCUGUAUGGGAGGAACGGGAACCAGCAGGCCAUGGCGGCGGCGCCGGCGACGCUGGACUGGUCUCGAAGGUUCCGCAUCAUUAAGGGCAUAGCGUGCGGUCUGCUCUACCUCCAUGAGGAGUGGGAGAAAGUGGUCAUCCAUCGGGACAUCAAGGCGAGCAACGUCCUCCUCGACGACGACAUGAACGCGAGGCUAGGCGAUUUCGGCCUUGCGAGGCUGUACGACCAUGGCGUCGAUCCGCAAACGACGCACGUGGUCGGCACCAUUGGCUACCUAGCUCCGGAACUUGCGUGCACCGGCAAGGCCACGCCGCUGACGGAUGUGUUCGCCUUCGGUGUGUUCGUUCUCGAGGUCGCGUGUGGGCGAAGGCCUAUCAAACACAGUGAGGCGCAGCAGAACCGGCUCGUGCUCUUUGACUGGGUGUUCCAGCAUUUGCAGAAUGGGUCGCUCACCGAUGCGAUCGACGGCAGGCUCAAAGGGGACUACGAUGUCGACGAGGCGUGCCUGGCGUUGAAGCUGGGACUGUUGUGCUCACACCCGUUUGCCAGUGCAAGGCCCAGCAUGCGGCAAGUCAUGCAGUACCUCCAUGGCGAUGUGUCGCCUCCGGAACUAGCGCCCACCCACCAAAGCUUUGAGGCCCUGGCCCUGAUGCAAGAAGAUGGCUUCGACCCAUACAUCAUGUCGUAUCCUUCGUCAACUGCGACUGCAAGCAUUGGAACAGUUUCGGCCACAAUGUCUCAAGGAAGAUGACAUAUGCACGAUACACGACGUGGAGUGAUUAUUGUGUCUUUGUCUGUAUACAGUAGAAGGGCCUAGCUUUUUAUUAGUUACAGUGCCUCCCCGUUUGUAGGAGAUUGGCAAACUGUGAUGUACCUUUUCAUCUCCAUCCUAAUUAUAUUCCUAUAAAUUCAAGGGACAAAUUAAUAAUGUCACUACUA